AUGACGGCCAGAACCCGAUUCCCUGUUCCUCCUUCUCCGGCUUCUCCCUCCACUUCUUGCUCAUCUUCUUGCGCCGCUGCCUCAGCUUUUUCUUCGACUCUUUGCGCGCCGUUUGGACGCAAAUUUGUGGUCUGUGAUUCGUCGCUGCGCGAGACCCCCUCCACGCACCUCCGCAUUCCGUUUCUCCUCCCUUCGCUCGAUCGCCUCCUCCAAGGCGGCUGUCCGGUCGGCGAGGGCAUUCUACAGAUCUGCGGUCCCCCGGGAGCCGGAAAGACGUCGCUGUGUCUGCAGCUUGCCGCGAGUCUCGCCGCCGGCUUCUCUCCGCAGCGCCUGCCGCCGUCCCUGCAUGCAGGCUGUCUCCGUUUUGCUUCGGACUUCUCGCCCGCCGGCGGAAGCGAGCACGAAGGAGCCGCUGCCUGCGGGGCCCGGUCCGCCCGCAGAGCAAGCAGGGAGACCGCAGAGGUGGGCGGAGAAUCCGAUCGCGCAAAAAGACGGAGACAGACCGCAGCCGAACCCUCUGUCGGCUGCCAUUUUUCCUCUUCUCUCGCUUCGUCCUCUUCAUCUUCUGGUCCUUCUCCGGCAGGCGCCAUGACGACGAGCUGUUUGCCACAGGCCGGUUCUUCCCGAGAGGAGAGACGCUCCGACAGGCAGGCGACGCAUGCGCUCGCCAACGAGGCACGCCGGCAUGUACUUACAGCUCUCUCCGGUUCGGCUGUUUCUGCAAGCAGCGAGAAGCAGACGUUUUCUCAAGAGGCAGGCAGACGUAGGAGACGCGCACUCUUCCUCGACUCCGAGGGCGGAGGCUGUCCAGAGCGGGUUCAACAAAUCGUCGCUUCCCUCGUCGGCGAGCUUUUUCACAGCAGCGAGCGGCGCGAAUCUUCGCCGUGCACGCAAUUGAGCGAGGAGAAAGCGCGGCCGACAGAGAGCGCGCGAGAAGCUGAGAAAGCCGAAGGGUCGUCUCUUCUGCGCGGUUCCUGCAGAACGUCCACGACUCAGGCCAGAACACAGGGCCUCCUGCGGCCUUCUGAGCGCGAGUGGGAAGGCACGAGAGUUGAGGACGAGGAGAAACGAAUGGAGAGAGAGGAGCGCGACAUCCGGGAGCUCUCGAGGCGAAUCGAUGUGGUUCGCAUCUUUGACCACAAAGAGCUUCUCGCCGUCCUGCAACACGUCUUGUGUGUCUUGACGAAUGAAAACGAGCAUCGCAAAGGCGAGGCGCAACUCGCCAAAGACGGACGAGAUGAAGCGAACGAAGAGACAGAGCAGGAAGGAGGGGAUGGCGUCAGGGCGGGGCGCCACAGCGACGCUGUUCCUAAGGCUGCCGGUGGAGCGCGUGUUUCCGCGCCUUCGAGGCCUAUGAAGAGACAUCGAGAGACGUACGGUUUGAUCGUGAUUGAUUCCUUGAGCUCGCUCUACCACCCCGCGUUCUUCCACUCCGCAGUCGAGUGCACGGCCUCUCUGAUUCAGAGCGCAAAUCUCCUAACGCUUCUCGCCUCGCGCUUCGUGCUGGCCGUCGUCGUGACAAAUCAGCUGACAACGUCCAAGGCGGUUUUCGCGCCGCAUGGCAGAGACGCCUCCACUGCGAGUUUCCUCGGAGCAGGCCAGCUGUCUUCGCAAACGUUCACCCCCUCUCUGGGACCGGCUUGGCAGCAGAUCCCGUUGUACAGUCUCGGUCUCCGCUGGCCGUCGGGCCAGGGUGCGCACGCGCACAUUUCUGCCUCUCCAGUGAGGAAACGCUCGGAUUCCCUCGACCGCUCUCUCGCGGGGACGAGACAGGCGAUCUCUACGAGAGAGAUUGUCGUCUUCAAAGCGCCGACCCUGUUCAGUGCCGUAGGCGCGGAAACCGAAGAGGCGCAAAGUGAGGAGGGUGGAAACGCGCGAGCCGGUGAACAGGAGGCUUGUUCCAGAAACACUGCGCAAGGCGCGACGGCGCUGAUGCCUGUAGCGCCGAUAUGCGUGUAUGUGAAUCAGAGAGGCAUACGCGAGUGUAUGGAUUAUGGACACUGGGGAGUGGAAGAGAACGCGAUCUGA